AUGGCCCGAGGCCAACGGUGGACAGGAACAGGUCCUCCCGCUCUCAACAAACUCAAUUCAAAAUCAAGCCUACGGAGGGCCUGCCGCGCAAUCAGACUGUUUGCGGAGGCUGGAAUCUCGACAAAUGCCCUGACCCGCCGAAAUGUGGCAGGAUUCAUGACAUCUGCGACGUUAUGGGGUGUUACGAACCCCAUAAGCGAAUCAACCAUCCCAAAUGACCUGUCUUUUGACGCGACUAAGUUUAAGGAGGAUCUAGUUCGCGAGAUGACGGAGCGUGACUACGGGACUCAAUCUUUUAAGCGGGGCUACAAAUGGGAAUGGCCAGGGGCUAAAGGAUAUUCCAACACCAUUGAUUCUAGUUUGACGGCGGAGCCUCUGGAUGCGCCUCCUCCGCUAUCGGACGAUCCGAAGGCAGCAUAUGCCCUGAAGCAAUACUCGUCAUUCUUUGUGUUGACAUCUCCUAUUGAUGUAAACAUGUUUGAAUUCCUAUUACGAGAUCACCCUAACAGACCCUUUGUCGAGUCGGUGGUACAAGGGUUACGCGAGGGUUUCUGGCCCAUGGCAGAUCUGCCUUCCGAAAAGGUGUCUUUCGUGAAGAAUCACCAGGUGUGCAAUCAGGCGCCCGAUCUGUUGACGAAAGCGUGCAAAGAGGAGGUGGAAGCAGGCAGGUAUUCGGAAGGUUUUCACACUUUAUUGCCCGGCAUGAAGGUAUCGCCUUUGUUAUUAGUAGCUAAGAAGGGUUCUUCAAACAUGAGAGUGUGUACAGAUAUGAGUUAUGGGAAACCGUCGCUAAACGAUCACAUCAUCAAGGAUCGUAUUAAAGUGUCUUUUCACUCCCUGAUUUCUUUUGCACCCUAUAUGGUCGAGAUGGCAAAGAAGGGGAUACCACUUAUGCUAUGGAAGUCGGACGUCCAGAAUGCUUACAGGAUUCUGGCAAUGGCUUUGGCUUGGCAGUUACGCCAGAUAGUCUGUGUAGAUAACAUGUUUCACGUGGAUCGGUGCGCGAAUUUCGGUUCGGCAGCAUCACCAAAGAUUUGGUGUUUGUUCUUUUCUUUGGUACUUUGGAUUGCGAGGACGAGGAUGGGGAUCAGUAGGAUGAAUAAUCUCAUGGAUGACACGUGGGGGGUAGCUCCCUUGUCCUCCAUGGUGGUCUUCAAAGGACAUCAGGUCCCUCUUGACCAGGCAAAACUGUUGCUUCUAUUUGAUGUCCUGAACAUUCCAUGGGAAUGGAAAAAGCAGGUACAUGGAGUCUACCUGGAGAUCAUAGGACACCUGGUUCGAUCUAAGGAGCUCUCUUUCUCCCUGCCGGACGAUAAGAAAGCCAAUCUUGUCAUGGCUUUGAGGACCUUUACGUUAACUAAGUCCAGGUCUUUGCGCAAUUGGCAGUCAUUGCUCGGUUGGGCGUCGUGGGGGUUGAAUUCUUUCCCUCUGGGACGCUGGGCCCUCCAGUCUUCAUGGGAAAAGAUAGCGGGGAAGUCUCACAAGUUUCUAGUAGUACCUCACAACAAAACGGUGCAGAAGGAUCUGUCUUGGCUGGCCGACUGUCUGGAAAAAUCGACGGGUAACCUUUUCCUCGAGGCGGUCAUCUGGUCGGUUAGCGAGGCCGAUUUCCUAUGCACGGCAGACGCCUGCCCGUCCAGACUAGGGGUUUGGCUGCCAAAUACGGUGGAAGGGUUCCAUUUUGCCCUGCCAGUGCCGUCACGUGACAUUUAUUGGGCAGAACUCGCAGCCACGUAA